CUCUACCCCUGAUUGUUGGUAUCAUUGCUGCUCUGGUUUUACUUUGUCUGCUGGUAAUGACCUUCAUACUGAUGAAGAACAGAGCUAGGAAUAGAGGUCAUCUUCUAUACUAUAUAUAUGUUAUUGUCAUGGCUGCUCUGGGUUUACUUGGUCUGCUGAUAAUGACCUUCAUACUGAUGAAGAACAGAGCUAGGAAUAGAGCUGACAGACCAUUGAGGCCUCUGUCCUCAGCUAGACAAUCAAGAGAGCAGAAUUCGGUCAAUGAAAAGGAUCCACAAGACUCCAACACCACCCAGAGCCUGAACCCCAACACCACCCAACCUGACGCUGUCUACCAGAGCCUGAACCCCAACACCACCCAACCUGACGCUGUCUACCAGAGCCUGAACCCCAACACCACCCAACCUGAUGCAGUCUACCAGAGCCUGAACCCCAAUGCCAUCCAACCUGAUGCAGUCUACCAGAGCCUGGUGUCAAGGAUUGGACAGUAGUAAUUAGCAAAAUAAAGUGGAUUACAUGAA